UACAAUUCAAGAAUUAGAUUACUUUGACGAUUACGAUACUAAAAAUAAAAGGGAAAUUCUCACUGAUAACCACUAACUUUUAUUUUUUCUCAGUGGUAAAUUGUAAAACUUUUGAUUAUUAAUGGUAAUCACCAAUUAAUAAUAUUAAACAAAUGGUAACAUUAAUGAUAAUAAAACAUCAUUAAGCAGUUAACUAUGGUUAAUCUUAGGUUAAGUUACAAUAGAUUUACAUUAAUACCCUUCAAAUUAUUUUUACAAAAAAAACAAAAAAAAUUCCAAACCCCUCCCAUCCACCAGCCAACCGCCAGCUCCCCUCCUUUGCCGGCGCUCAGCUCGGCUCGGCUGACGGUGUCUUGACACGUUCCCCCACCGGAGACUCCACCACCGACACCUGAAUCCCAAAACGAGCACCCCUCCCCCUGUUCUCGACCCAUCCUCUUUCUCCUCUCAUCACCACCAAAACCGCUUCUCAGGGACGCCGGAAUUAGCCACCUUCCUUGCUCGAGUCCCUCUGAAAUCCUUCCCCGAUUCCCUUUCUUUCCCCGAUUCCAUCUCCUUCGCCGAUUCCCUCACUUUCCCCCGAUUUUUGGUUGAAAUUUCAAUGGUUUUGAGGUGAAAUUACCAGCUAUUCGAAUCGUUAUUUGCAUAAUUGAGGGUAUUUUAGGGGGUUUUGGGUCGAUUUUGCUCGAAAAGAGGGGUUAUGGCUUAGAUUUGCUCGAAUAUGGGGGGUUUUGGCUUACAUUUGCUAAAAAAAAAAGGUGUUUAUGCUUAGAUUUGCUCUAGAAUAGGGGGUUUUUGCUUGGUUUUGCCGUUGAAUUUGCUGGGUUUUGCUGUGUUGGCCGUCCGGAGGUGGGGCAGGCUCGACGCCGAUCGACAGAGGGAGGAGGUGGCUGGUGGCUGGAUGAGUGGGGGGAGGAGGUCCGUUGGGGCGGGGGAUGCGGCGGCUGCUGACCGGAGGUGUAGCGGGGAGGAGGAAAGAUUAAGGAAGAAGAAAGGUUUUCAAAAAAUAGGAUGAAGAAAGAAUUGGUUAGGGGUAAUUGUGUCUUUUUGCAUCUAAUAUCUAAACCAUAGUUAAGGAAUUAACAAAUUGCUUAAGUUAAGUUACCAUUUGCUUAAUAAUAUUAAUUGGUGAUUAUCAUUGCUAAUCAAAAGUUUCAGACUGAGGAAAAAAUAAAAGUUGGAGGUUAUCAGAGAAAAUUUUCCAAAAUAAAAUGAUUAACUAAUUAUUAAAAAAAAGGUAGUGUGUAGUGACUAGUGGGUGAUUAACUAAUUAUUUUGAAUUUGAACCCUCUAACCAAAAUUUGGCCAUUUAUCGAUCAACAGCCAAAAGCUCUCCUGCAAAUCAAUCAAUUACCCCUUUUAAUUUUUUUUCAAGACCCGAGUAUAUAAUUCAGAGGCAAUUUCUAUAAACCCUAGUUUCCCAUUUGGGUUGCAAACUUGAUUUUCUGGGUACUGUUAUGCGAUUUCAAUCCGAGGAGCCCUUUAAUUCGUAGUGGCAAUUGGCAAUUCUGCUCUUAGAUUGUGCGUGGACCUGACUUCUGCUACAACCCUCCAGUGCCUUAUUAUCAUAAAUCACGUGACAAGAUGACAUGCGUUGUUUUAAAGGCAGUCUUUCCUCUACUUGAUGGUGUAGACCUUGCUUCUUGUAUGUUAGUUUGCAAGCAGUGGAGAGACAUUGCGCAAGAUGAUUAUCUUUGGAAAUGCUUAUGUGCUAGGAGAUGGCCUUCUCUAUGUAAAAGACCUUCACCAUCAACAGUCACGUACUAUAAACUCUAUGGGACCUUUUACAAGCGCCGGCGGCACCAGGCUCUUCCUCCUUCAAGAUUGUCCUUCAAUGAUUUGGACUUCUACAUUGACAUUUGGGCUGAAGGCCAGUCAAUAUUUUCAGAAGUGUUCUCAGGCCUAGUUCUGCAUGGCGGCAUAAAAACUCUGCCUACUGGAAUUUCUAACAUUCUUAGAUACCGUCUAGAAGGCCCCGAUUACAAGAUGAUGUUGCCCGUGGAACCCAGGUUUUCUGUGCCGUUGGGGCAGAAAGUGAGUGUCUCUGUGUUGGUUGGACGUAGGGAUUCCAGCAAAUUUGCCUGUAUAGUUAAUAAAGCGAUGUUUGAUGAUAUUAAUUGGACAUCUUUUCGGGCCCUUGCAUUUGAUUAUCUUGACUUUUCCCCCAUACACCCCUUCAUAUCGGGUAUUAGAGCAUGGGUUUCAUUGUUAUUUGCCGAUGCUGAGAAUGAUGAGGUGGCAAACGUUUUUGGCAUUGAAAUGGACUUUUGUGAUGCUGCAAAUAAUGAGACUGAGGUCCUUUGGUUGCUCGACAUGUUAGAUUGGAAGUGAUUAAAAUCAGGUCCUAGUUUACCUAUGUAAUGGUAUAAGAUAAAUAUAUCAAUCUCUGUAGAUUGUUUGUUCCUAGUUUCACUUUUAGCUUAAAUGUCGCCAUCCGUAGUUGUGCAGCUAUCAUCGAGCUUGCAGGCUAGCUGUCUUGUCUCUAUGCUUUUUCAUUGUAAAGUUUCUUGUACUCAAUAUGAAGAUUCUUAUGGGUUGAAUAAAUUUAUCAUUUUAUU